UAGGUAGCCUUGGAAUGUUGUGUUACUCACUCCAACCCAACUGCAGCAGCCCACACGGAACCAACCAGCCUGAAAAUACUGGCGGCCGUCCCUUUAUUGUGAUAUAGAGGAAAGGAUUGACGUGCGCGUACUUAAUCGGAUGAAGGAUGUUUUAUCACACUUGUUGACGUACUACACCUAUGUGGGUUUAACCGACUACCUGUUGAACAUAGGCUGACGGAAGAUGGAUGAAAAUUCUUGCUCUCCAAAAUCUCGGCCAAGCCCACCAAUUCCAAACCGAACAUCCCCCGUAAAGAAACCCAUUCCAUUGCCUCGCUUCAAAAAACGACGGGAGAGUCUGGAAAAGAAUGACUACUCUAAUUCGGAUAGUCCAGAUGGGGCUCAAAAACAAUCUGUUACUCAAAUGCUCAAAGAAGAAUUUAAAUCAGCAUCAGAUAAUGUUCAGGAAAAGGGCAAGUCUGUUAUGGAGAGCACACGCCGUAUAGCUCGUAACAUGAUGCCCAAAAGAUUCACUCAACAAGAUUAUAAUGGCAGAGAGAAUCCUUUGAUGGCAGGUUCUUUAACCGAUCGUUGUCAAUCAAUGCCACCUGAUGAUAUUUUUCGAUCAAUUUCUUUUGAUUCUCCUCUCACUCCAGCUGCUGAUGCAAAAAUGAGUUUGGAAGAAAGUGAACUAAAAUGUUGUUCUGUGGAAUCUCCAGACAGCCCUGUUGAAUAUUUUCCUCCACCACUAUAUCCACCUCCACCUCUUCCUGAUGAAUCCCUAUAUGAUGAGGUAUCUUCCAUUAAAUCAAGCCAGUCUAUGAAGUCGAGCCAUUCUGGAAGCCAACAAGACCAUAAUAAUCCGAGUGAUGCAGACUCCUUUCAAGAAAUUGAUGGCAUUUAUGAAGAGUUGUCAAAUGCACGCAGUGAAGCUGCUAAAUUCAGCGAGAGCCAAGACCAGCACGGCUCAGUUUUCAACACAUUCCAAUGCAGUGAUUCAGAAACGGGUUCACUUCCCCCCCUCAAUAAGAAAAGCAAAAAGUUUCUUCGGUCGGACUCAUGGACAUUCUAUGACACAGUCAGUUGCUCACAAGGAGGAACUAGCAGCAGCAGUCUAGACGAAUCAGCCUGCAAUAUCUACAAUGAAGACCCAGUUGCUCUAGUGUCGGCUUCCAGAAAAACUACAUCCAGUUUACCAUCAAUAAAUAGCCAAAUGGAUGCCCUAGCUAUCAACUCUGAUGACCUAGCUUCAAAUGGAAGUUGCAGCCACAGUUCCACUGUUGACAGUACUGGUAUUUCUGGUUCAAGUGGGAGCUAUCAUUCUGCCAAUCUUAAUACUUCUGAAAAUAUGACUCAUGAAAAUCGUGUGGAAAUGAGGAAGAAGCUGACCCAUGGACCUAAGUUACCUACUAAGUCUGUUAUUUAUGAAUUUGAUCCUUUAUAUGUAAACAUACCAAUAGCUGAAGACUUAGCCAAUAGUGGUCUCCCUGAAAGUGAUCUAAUGAUACUUGCUGGUCUUGCUCCUGCCAAAGAGACAAAGGUGUCCCACUAUGGCAAAAUUAAUAUAAAAGCCAAAGAUGGGAAGAAGAUAGUAGCAAUUGUUGAGGAGGGUGCAGCCUCUGUCAGACCACCCACCCCUCCAGCCCGCUCUGACUCCAUGUCUGUCGUUUCUACUGAAAUCACUGAGGGGGAAAGCGUGCAAGAGAGAGCCAUAGACGUCCCUCCUGAUGCUGAUGCAGUAUCUGUAUCAUUAUCCAGGAAGUCAUCCUUGUCCCAAUUUGAUGCUGAAAUGAACUCAAAACGCUUCUCUCGUCUGAAACAGCACUGGCCAAGCAUGAAGAGAGCUAUAAAGUCAGCUGUUCAUAGGGACAGCAAGGUUUUACCGUCAGAGGUAGAUGGAUCUUCCGAUAAGGCACCAACAUCAGCAUUUUAUGCAAAUCUUCCCCAUACUCAACAAUUGGAGAGACCUGCUCUUGAGCCCACACUUGCAGUCCAGUAUAGGGGAGAAGUCUAUAGAGGCACUAGCGCCUCACGUGAUUUGACGCAGCGUUGGUGUCACUUGGCUGAAAGUCAACUAACUUGUUUUGCGGAUAAGAGUGGUUCUGGCAGCAAAGAUAUAAUUCCUCUUGAAGCUGUUUUGAGCCUUCAACAUGUGUUAGAACAUCGAUCCAGCUCGGAGGGAGAAGAACUACAUUGUUUUGAACUGAGUUUACUGGGGAAAAACCGUAAUCAGUUAUUUGGAGUCACUUCUUCAAUGGAAAGAAGAGUAUGGAUGCAGAAAAUUCUUGAAAACUUUACUACUGUUUUUCCAAUGCGGAUCUCUUCUGACUACUCCAAAUUCGGAUGGUGCUACUUCAAGGAGGGUAUUGGAGGCUCAUGGAUGCCAGCAUGGCUUCUCCUACAUAAACGAACUUUGAUGUAUUGUGCCCCGAAAGGAAAAGCUAUUGAAGCUGAUCUUCGUUGUGCUCGCUCAAUUGUCAUUCAAGAACCAGACUCUGUUUCACCAUUAAUUCUCAUUGAUUUUCCAAAACUAUCACUUUAUCUACGCACAGAACGAACAAGUGAAACGGUUGCAUGGCGUAAUGUUAUUAGAUCUGCUGCAACUGACAAUGGCCCAGACCUUGAUUGCCAACAGCUCACCCAAGAAAAUGUGCCUGUGCUGGUUGACAAAUGCAUCAACUUUGUCUAUGCUCAUGGGUCAUUGUCUGAAGGCAUCUAUCGUCGGAGUGGAGCGAAUUCCAGUGUAUCCAAACUCCUGACAUUGUUCCGUCAAGAUGCUUGGGCAGUACAGUUAUCCCGACAAGAAUUCAGCGAGUAUGAUGUUGCUAGUGUACUUAAAAGGUUUUUCCGUGAUUUGCCAGAGCCACUGUUAACAUCUAAACUUCAUCCAAGACUCUGUGAGACAUCAUGUGAGCAAGAUGAGAGCAAAAGGUUGGAAAAGUACCUAGAAAUACUUAAUGAACUUCCUUCAGUUAAUGCUGUUACCUUGCGGCGCUUACUGUCCCAUCUGCAUUUCAUUCAUGAAGAAAGUGAACAUAAUCUCAUGCCUGUUGAGAACUUAGCAGCCAUAUGGGGACCAACUCUCAUGCAUGUUGAAAAUGGCGAUGAAAUAACAUGGUCUCGACAAGAAUCUAAAGUUAUUGUUGAUUUGGUCUCUAUGUUCCCUCGCCUUUAUGAAGUUAAUGCUGAAGAAAUGGCUAGAGAUAAGAGAAUCAGAGAGGUUCUGCAGCGUUUGCAGAAAGGUGGAGUACACCCUCAGCAAGCAAAACCCACCGGAGACCUUCGAGUUUGGAUCCACAUUGGCUCCAAGGAUAGCGGUCAAUGUGUUAAUGUAACAGUAGGACCUCAAAAACUUUGCCAAGAAGUAUGUUCAGAGUUAGCAUCCCAUUUGUCUCUUCAUGCUCACCAAGUUGCUUUGUGUGAGGUUGUCCUUGCUGGUGCUUUAAAACGGUACCUCCAUCACUCUGAAAAGGUUCUUGAUUCUGUUUUGAGAUGGGGCUAUUGGGAUGAGCCUGAUAGGGCUCAGAAUUUCUUAGUGUUAGUUCCAAACACUGUUCUUCAGGAGCUGAACUCCUUGGUCACUCCUCCUAUUACAAUGUCAGGGGAACUUCGCUUUGCUGAUCAAAAGACCAAGUCUUUUAAAACUCACCCUUUUGAGUUCAGCCAAGCUAAGCUCUGUUAUUACAAAGAUAAAAGAGGUGCUGUGAAACUUUCUGAGUGGCCUGUUGAAGAAAUUGUGUGGUAUGAAGGUUUUGAGCCCAAAAGAAACCCUACUUCAAGGUGGGCUAUUACUUUCAUAAGUAAGAACAAUAAGGUGAAAAGGAGCAAGGAAAGUCCUUUCUUUGGUUGUACCAUGGCUGGCACUUGUAAGGAGGAUCAAAACAAGUGGAUGGCAGCUUUACUUGCGGCAGAAUACCCCCAAGGGCUGCUUCCUCCACCAAUUCAGGUCAAUCUCCUAGAAUAAUUGUCUAAGUUUUCCUAUUAAGCAGUUACCAUUUAUCAUUGUAUCUCACAAGCUGGAUGUCUUAAAGACCUGGAUACCUCCAGAUUUAUAACACAUAUAUAUUAUGUGAAUUAGAAUAAUGUGAUCUGUUUGUUGCCAUUCUAAAGACUAUUUUCAUGUUUUUUACUGUAGCUGAUAUUGUUUAAGCAACUUACAGUUCCUAAAGAAAAUGCACCAUUUUGAUUUUAAUUUGUAUUUUAGCUGGUUGGUAACUUGUUAUGACCAUUAAUUAUCUGUUUUUAAACCUUUUUUUGAAUUAUGGAUUUUGUGUGGUACAUGGUCAUUUUAAUGUCAGUAUUAGUUUUUUAUAUUGUCUUUCAAAAAAAUAUCAUGUUUUGAGAUUUUUUUCAACUAGAUCAGUUUUUGUCUUGAUAUUAUCUUCACAUGUGUAUUAAUGUUGUGUUCAAUGAUUUAUUUUGAGCAGUGGGAUCUGUUCAGUUGAAAGUCACUUUUGUCGGUUUUGACAAUUAUUUAAGCUCCUCACUUAGUGUUUUGUACUUACUAUUCGUGCAUUCCAUGCUCAAGUUUGAAAUGCGAGCUGUACUUUCUUUGACAUGGAGAUACCACUUUACAAAUGUAGUUCAUAUUACAUUCCUAUCUUACCAUGUUAUUGUAUGAGCUUUCAAUUUUUUUUAUAGUGGGUGAUGUUAUCCCAAUGAUCUUCGUAUUUCUCAAAGAAGUUGUGUUUUAAAAUGCUGGUGUCAUUGCACUGGAAAAAGUCAGAGUUUCUGUUACAAAUUGGUCUUAUGUAUUAAUGGGAAUAUCUUCAUAUAAAUGGUAGUAUGGGAUUUAGUUUAGUUUUGGUCUCAGUAUUUUAAAAGAAAAAUGUGUUGUUAAAGAAACUUUUGGACCGUUGCCUUGUUUUGAAGAAUGAUUUCAAUCUUUCUGAUCUUUCUUUUUAGAUCACAUGGAUGUGGUUACCAUUCCCUGGUUACUGUCAUUUUAUAUCUUGAUUCAUACUUUCUUGUAAGAACAAGGUAGUCAUUCAAUCAUUAUGUAGAGCCUGUGUAUUCUGCUCAAUUUCCAAGAUCUUGUGCUUUGUUUCUUAUCUGUCUCUGUCAGUGAUUUUCUUGAUAUUGGCUUUGGUAGCAGCGGUGUUGAGAGCAUGUUACCAUGGCAGUUGUUUCUUUAUUAAUGUGAUAAAGCAUUUAUCAUUGUUAUUCACUGUUUACUUGCCAUACUAUGUAUUAGCGACCAAAUGCUUGCCUCUUGUUUUGUUUGUUGCAGAUAUGUUUAUGUUGAUGACGUUUUCUUCUUAAAAGCAUGUUUGCUUUGUAUGAACUUCUGCUUUUACUUGUCCCCCACUUUAACAUGGCACCAAGCUUGCUUUAGUACUGUAUUAAUCAUGAUUGUGUAUCCUUUAAGAAUGAUGAAUUAACCAAUGAUGUUGUUACAGUUGCUCUGAUAAUGUGAAAGUUAUCUCCCCAUUCAGAGAUUUUUACCCCCCCCCCCCCUCCCAAGGCGUUUUAAUUUUUUAAUGUUUUGAAAACAACUUAUAUUACAAAACGGUGUAUUUUACCCGAUAUGGCAUGUUUCUAUGUUCUAUAUUUUAUAUACUAUACAUAUAAUCAUUAUAACCAUGAAUAGCUAGUCACAAGGCAAAUAAACAGCUGUUUUUUAAACAAAGAAAAACCCUAGAUUCUCCU